CAAACUUUGCCAUAAUUGAGGCAAUUAUGGCAGGUACAAACUCCCUUAAGCGUACAGAGAAACACAAAGAUAAAUAAACAACGUAAUGGCGUUGUUACGUUGCCAUGGCGACUCCGAUUGCAAUAAAACCCAGAUCAUAAGGAAUUUUCAUCUUUAUAUAAUACAGUUGUGGUAAUUUUUCUUUGCCAUAUCUUUACUGAUGGCAACGUAGUUAAUGCUCAAACUAGGGAGGUAUCCCCCCCCAAAAAAGCCAGUCGAGCCACCUUAAUAAAAAGAAAAACUUCUCUUACCACAUUUAUUAAAUUGACAUAUUCCUUGACAUAUUUCACUGAUUUUUUUUAGGCAAGAGCUAUAUUGAAAAAAAAGGAAAGUGAUUCAAUGGACGGAGAAGAACACACGUCGGCAAGCCCGACAGACACACAGUUGGACGAGAGUAUGGCUGCACUGUAAAAACUUUCUUAUACUUUAAGAGGAUCUGGAUGGGAUUCGAACUGACAACUGACAAAUGGCCUAAGAUUUAACUGACAACUGACACAUGACCCUUUCCCCACCCACCACACCCCAUCCACACUCUCCUUUAAGGUCUUGAUGUCACUCUCUAUGAGGUCUUGAACAUGCCAAAUUCCAAGAAUUUUAUUUGAAAUUUUACAUCACAAUUACAAAACUCAAUGCCACUUAUUAGUGGUAAACAUAUAGUAGACCCCCGAGUAGGUGUCCUUAAUUAUAAUUAAACCAGAGUUCGUGAUAUAUAUAUUGGUGAGAGUUCAUUUUCGUCAAAGUCUGUACCUCAUUUGAGCCACGAAAGUAUCUGUUAGUGCACCGUAAUUUUUAGGGAGUUAUUAUACGUAAAAUUUUUACUCCAUUUUUGGGGGUUACUUUAACUCCUAAUUUAACUCCAAAUUUGGGGUCAUUUUUACUCCUGCUGAAAAAGUGUUUUUUUACUCCCAGUCUGGAGUUAAAAUAACUGCCAAAAUGGGGCGAUUUUUACUCCUUACAUGGGUUGUUGUUACUCUUUUUGGAACUAAUUUAACUCUGAAAGUGGAGUAAAAAUUUUAGGUAGAGGAUAACUUCUCUUUUGGGGUUAUUUUAACUCCUCAAUAUGUGGGGUUAUUUUACCCCUGAAAAAGAGUUCUUUAAACUCCUUUUAGGAGUUAAAAUAACUCCCCAAAAAACAACCCCACUGUAAGGAGUUAAAUUAACCCCACUAGAGGAGUUAAUAUAACUCUUUGAAAAUUACUGUGCGUUCGUAUUAUCGGGGUGUCGGCGAUGCGAUAAUCAACUGUGAGUAUCCGUGAAGUGCUUGUUAGGUGCUUUGUCCCUCUAUUUCUUUUUCGUUCAAUGUUCUCUAUCACGUAUUUUUUCUUUACGGUCUGUUUGUAUCCCUCACUCCCUUUUUGAUCUCUCAAAUCACCAAAAGGUCCUUAAAAGUUACUUAUAACUUAACCAUCAUGACCACUACGGCUAUUUUCUUUUACUGCCCUCCAUCUACGUUGUAGUUCCAAGUGGCCCUUUCAACACACUGGAAAAUGCCUUUGGGACAUUGGGAUCAAAAGCCACGGGCGCCAAGAAAGGUCUGACUGCGUUAAAGGGAAAAUGGAAUACGCUUUCGUUCGGAGACAGAGCGGUUAUGACGCAGACCCUUCAAUCCGCUGCCUCAAACAUUGACAAGUUUGCUAAAGCAGGAGACGAUCCCAUAGGUGCAGUACAGGGAGCACUCAAUAUGGUCGGACAGUUUGCAGCACUUGCUGGUCCCACUGGACAAAUUGUUGCCGUAGCUUUGAGCUUCGUCUCUGGGUUUCUGAGUCUUUUUGGAAUAGGAGGAAAGAAAAAGAAAUCUAUCGGGCAAAUCGUAAGAGAAGAAAUAGACGAGGCAUUGGCUCAGUUUUACGAGCAGGACCUCAGUAAUCAGGCUCGAGGUAUCGCUAAAACAUUCGACGUUUCGAAGGCAUACGUGGAUAGGCUUGCUCAGUCAGGCAAUAAGCUCACCGUCGCCCAAGCCGGGUCACUUGAGAGGAACGUGCCACUGUAUCUUGGCCUUGAAUUUAUGGGAACAUUGUCAAGUGAGAUAGAACGCCUUCUUAGGGCCAAUAAGAGAAACGAGGCAAAAAAGACAUUGAGAUACAUCGAGCUGUAUGCAAAGAUGGCAGUUCUGAAGGACGUGAUUAUGCAGGAGGUGGCCACUUUGUUGCCAGACGAGCUUGAACCCAACCGACAAGCCAUGUUUGCCGCUCAGAACGUUCUACGCGGUCAGCAAAAGGAACUCCUUCAAUUUCUUCGUGCUGGUCGUUUCGAUAAGAGUCAUAAUAAGAUGGCGGUGAAUUACUUUGACCCCGAUGUGAACCCAGUAACAGAUGCCUAUAUGACCGCUGUGUUGAAAAUACCAGAUUACGAUCGUUCCAUGGCAGGAAUAUGGUGUCUAACGCCAGUCAUUUAUGGUCAAAGGGAGUUGCCAAUCACUUGGUUUAGAAACCAUGACAGCUUAAUGAAUGGCGGUCAUCCCUACAUCACUCCUUAUAAUGAAGGCUGCUUUUGGAAACUCAUUCCCCAUGGUAACCACCUCUAUACAGUUGUCAACACCUACGGAGGUCGUAAGUACGACUACUAUGGUCAGUACCUGUCGUUUGACACAUUAUCCGGGGACAGAAGCAGGUUGACAGUGGAGGGCGACGCAGAUCUUUGGGAAAUCUACGGCGUUCAUCAAAAGAGGUAACUAAGUCCGGGAAAUUUUCACAAGCAUCUCUCUCUCCCGUCCUCAUAAACACAACUGUAAAUCAAUUACAAUCACACCGCUUUUUUUAUCCACCUAUCAGUUAGAUCACAUUCAGUGAUCUUCAGGGUGACUAACUAGCUGUUAACGUAUCAGAAACGUACAUCACUUUUUAAAUUGCUGAAUUGCCAAGGCAAGGCACGUGUAACAACUAAAAUGACUGCUAUUUUAAAAAGCCUAACGAAAACGUUACGUCAUCCCUUGCGCACGCCCACACCGGUCUUUCUGUUCUGGCCAUAAAAACCAUCAUCUUCACGAAGUCCCGAGGCCGGGCGAAGCGUUCUUAAUUUAUACAUCCAUUGUCCUUUCUUAUUCCUCAACUCUUUCUCUCCUAUGGCCCUAGCCUGUCUAUCAACUGUAUACUCACAUGUUCUAGAACGUGUUAGUAUACACACAUGGGCCUUUUGAGGGCCCAAAUAUAAUAUUGGCUGACUUUUUUUAUAGACUUAGAUAAUAUCUUUACAGGAUCCGCAGUAAAUGGGCCUGUGACUCGUCGGGUAACAAGUGGUGCAACAGACAGAUACAACCUCAGGUAGAGUCAACUGGAGGGUGGAGUCCGAAGAGAGUAACCACCUUUGGUUUGACUUCAAGUAACGUUGGUUAUAUUUGGUGGAUCACAAAGGUACGUGUAAACAGAGUCGAAGGUCGAUCUCAAAAAUAAAUAAAUAAGUACUUAAUUAAAUAAAUAUAAAAAUAAGACACUAUUGGGGUAACUGAUGACGUCAUAUUUCCAUGGGAUUGUGAAAACAAAAUAUAUUAUAUAACCCAUGUCCGCUUUCUGCGGUGCGAAAAAGUUCUUGGUAUAAAACUCCAGAUUUAUGGCUUAUUUUGUUUCGGGGAAAGCUUUCACCUUAAUUAUACUUUAAUUGUAUAAUAACUAUCAUUUCUUAUCAGCAAUUGCACAGCUCGGAGCAUGUUUUCCUUUGAUAAUCUUUAUUCGCACAGGGCUAAGGAAGUUAUAGUGAGUGUUAAGAUAGUUGUCGCAUGAGGGAGGUGGGACAGUUUUUUUCCGAUUACACGUUUCUUGACCCACUUGGUGUGUGACGGUUUCCUUGUGAAGCAACAUAGUCACAUAAGAUCUUAUGUAUAAGCGAUUAGGGAAGAUUAGCGGGAUCACUUUAGGUUUCUUGGAACCUGCCCAUCUACCCUUUGCCUAAGCAAAUGGCUUAAAGGAAAUUACUUGGAACUUUGUCGUCAGUUUUGCGGUUAAACGCACCUGACGAACGACGUAUGGACGAACUCGACGAAACUGACAACAAAACUUUGACUCUGAAAAUGAAACAGCCCAGAACCGGGCUGGGGUGAGGGGUAGUGUACUUUAGGAAUCUUUGGGUGGGGAAGUGACCCUUAGAGUCGAGAAAAUUUAGCCUAUAGCGCAAAUCUAGUUCUUAAGUUGCCACCCCAUACUUAAGACUGAACCUGCGCUUUUUUCAAGAAACUAAAGGGUGCUCAUUUCUGUUGCUGUGAUACACUGAGUUGAGAGUAGAUUCAAAUUUGUCAAUUACAGUCAACCAAAUUUUCUGAUUUCUAUACCCCUUGAUCCGAAUUAAACCUUCCGAAAACCAUACCCUUGACAGCCGUGGAUAUAUGUGUAGCCCGCAUAUGACAGUUUCCCUUGUCCCCCUUCCCCGGCCUAGGUAAGUCACACGUCAGUCAGUGGUUACACUCAUCUAGCCGAUUAAAUCCCACUUUGUAUGCAUUAUUAACGCAGAGGUAAUUAUUGACAUUGAGCGAGUAAUGGUAGAUUUUAAAGAAUGAAUUUUACCGAAUUGACCAUCUUUACUUGCAUCAAAGAGAGUUUAGAUAAAGUAAUGUUACUAAUUAUUUAUUCUUAGAAACCCAGGGUCUAGAGAAAGUCCCAUUAGAGACAAGGAAAGCCAGGAUCUUCAAGACAUGA